AUCUGGGUUUUCCACCGCGUCGUUUACCGAUCAUGAUCAGCUGAGUCAGAGUCUGUGAACACAGUGAUGAGACGAGCUAAUGAUUGACGACGACAGAAGAGAUAAUCAGGUCGUCGGCUGAACAGAGAAAAACUGUUUCUGUGUCUGCAGCACAGAUGUAAGUCUUUAUUUUUAUUCAUCCACAGCAACAUUUCUGAGAAAACAUUUUUGUACGAAGCUGAAGUCGAUCAUGAGAUCAGUCGGAGUUUCUCUUCUCUCCCUGUUUCUUCUCGUCAUUAAAUCUGAAACUGGGAGGCCAAUAGAGCAGAGCCCACAGAUACAUCAGAUGCCAAUAGAGCAGAGCCCACAGAUACAUCAGAUGCCAAUAGAGCAGAGCCCACAGAUACAUCAGAGGCCAAUAGAGCAGAUCCCACAGGAUCCUCAGUUCUUAAUCCCAUCGACCCCUGAGGUCCCCAGCUCCCCCCCGCCGACCCCGACAGCUGCUGAGAAAAAAGAAGACAAGUACCUGGGUUCACCUGAGUGUCUGAUCAAGAAGUUGACUCGUGCAUCAUGUGACCUGGUGUUCUGUCCUCCGUGGCAGCGUUGCAUCGAAGGACAGUGCUCCUGUAAACCUCCGUAUCUGUGUCCCACUGACGACGUGACAGCGGUUUGUGGUCGAGACCACAGGACGUACCGCUCCUACUGCCAGGUGAUGGCGGUCUCUUGUCGGACUAAGAAACCUGCCAUGUCUUACUUUGGUGACAAAUGUGGAGAGAAUAAUCUGGAGAUCAGGACUUUGAUAGAUUCUGAGACCGGAGUCGUCAGCGUCUCGCUUCCUGACAAGAGCAAAACAGGUGUUGAGAAGCACCUGAUCUGUCGUAAGCUGUGGGACAUGGCGACAGCUAACGUGGCCUGCAAAGAACAUGGGAAUCCACUGGGCGCGGCGGCCGCUGACACCGUCUCUUACCCCUCCCUGAGGACUGACCAUCCAGGCAAAGAGUUCCCUAGCAGCUGUGUCAGCAUCCGUUGCCAAGGUUACGAGAAUUCCCUGGCCGAGUGUGUCAUCUACGACGAGAUGCAGAUCCACGGCAACAGGAGGGUCGCCACGGCAACGUGUUAUAACGCGUCACAGGCCCUGACAGAAGACUGCGGCUUCCCGUGUGCAAACAGGAAGUGUGUGCUUUUGAACCAGACAUGUGAUGGAAUCGAUGACUGUGGCGACCAUGAUGAUGAAAUGUGCUGCAAAAAGUAA